AUGCCGCAGUACCAGACCUGGGAGAAGCUCUACCUUGCCAACCCAAUGAAGGUGCGUGUGAUUCUCAAAUAUAGGCACUUGGAUGGGAGUUUGUGUAUUAAAGUAACAGAUGAUUUAGUUUGUUUGAUGUAUAGAAUAGACCAAGCUCAAGAUGUAAAGAAGAUUGAGAAAUUCCACGGUCAACUAAUGCGACUUAGGUAG